CCUUGUUUCCGCAUACACACCCGUAGAACAAACUCAGGCGGAUGCAUGCCACGUGUUUCUUUGUUCGACAUGAAACACUACACUCUCCAUAUGGCGUCUUCCAUUUCUAUCUGCAAUAGAUUUGGAUCCCUACAAGAAUACUGCUUAAAAUGCCCAACACCCGCCAAACAGGUCAGGCGCAAGGAGACUGUCUCCAGAGUACCCGUUGAGGAUCUCCUGCUCUGCUUCUGACCAGGCAUAAACGGGCCUGGUUCAUCGACAUUAUCCGAGUCGAAUAUCUCAACGAAGCGCCAGCAAAAGGCCUAGUAUAUAAGCCAUGAUGGUGGCAAUCCCAGGAGUGGCCGCACGGCCACGCUCAGCGCUAACCUCGCCCUUCGAUACCGAUACUAUCAAGCCCAAUACGAUCCCACCCAGAAAGAAGGCAUCAUGCCACUCAUCCUGUCCGACAGCUCUGACCAGACCAACCGAGAGGUCAGCAGACCCAUCGACUCUCGGGAAAGCCACUUCGAAAAGUCCGGGCUGUACGGAGAGCUGACAGGUAAGAGGAGGCCCAAGAAGAAGCUCGUGAUUGGCGAAACCUCGGAGCCCAUAUCCGAAAGGAAAUAUCAAAAGCUCACGUCGAAGGUCCUGAGCGCGAUACUGUACGACGUGAUGGUCAUGGGCACGACCAGCAAACUUCGGGUAGCCGAAGACCUCGAACAAGUCCGACUGUACUGGUACCUGGCGCAGAGGCUGGACGGGGAGGUGAUGGUGGACAAGGCCGUAAAUAUUGAGCUGGGCAUCGAUGAUUUGACCAGUGAGGAUUACAUUCCGAUGGAGUCUGCCCGACUAAAGGUUUGUGUGGAGAGGCUCGGAUGGAUGGUGCUGGCGGUGCUUGCGCAGACGAGCUCAUUUCGCGAAUUUAUCCGGACCCAUGAGGAUGAGUCGCUGUGGGAGAGGUGUCUGGAGAAGCUUGCAGCCCAUGCCUUCAAUAUCGAGAUCCUGGCUCGUCAGCGCGGCGUCGACUGGCGCGGUUCGCUGGCCCCCCACUCGGACUUCGAGAUCGCAGGGAUCAACGCGAGUCUCGCCAGGAUCGACAAGCUCGCUGAGAACAGGCCCCAUGACAUUGUGGUCGAUACCACGUCCAGAAACGUCCGCGCACCCAAAUUCGAAGGCGCUCGCCAGGUAGAUAUCGACGAUUAUAUCUUCAAUCCCAAGAACUGGCCCGCCGGUAAGCUGAACCCGGCCUCGCGCGAUGUCGUUGACCACGGGCCCUGCGAUCUCUGUGACUCGGCCAUCUCAUGUGGCUGUGUGGUCAACCGAUUUCCCGCGCAGUUCAUCCAGCUCGUCGACACGGGCGCCAAGGGGGUGGGCGUCUACACGCUGAUGAACUUCCGGAAAGGGGAGAUCCUGGGUGAGUUCGUCGGUGUCCUUCACCCCCCGGACUAUGCGGGUGACCCGGUGUAUAGCCUUACGAUGCAGUCCAAGCUGGAGGAAGUUACCGAAGAGUUAGUGGUUUCCCCGAAGCGAUUCGGGAAUUGGACGCGGUUUAUCAACCACUCCUGCUCAGCUUCGACGGCGUUUGUGUCGAGGACGAUCGGGCAGCGGUCGACGAUGACAAUCGAGGCCUUGCGUGACAUCGCCGUCUUUGAAGAGCUCACGGUUGAUUAUGGCUCCGGGUAUUGGAAAGGCAGCGAACGGGUCUGCCAAUGCGGAGAGACGAAUUGUCGCACGAAGAAGGCAGAGGCAAGAAAGGCCCGGGAGGAGGAGGCCGCUGCGCAGAAGGAAAAGACUGAAGAGGGCAGUAAUACCACGGAGGGAACAGCAGAGCCCAGGAAGAAGAAGAACAGGAAGAAGAGGGGAGGGGAUCAGCCCAGCGCCCGGGCGAGGGCGAAUCGGGUGCAAAAGCCCAAGAGGGAGAGGAGGAGGCAGAAGCAGGACACGCAGGCGAUAGUGAGUGAAUUGACCGCGUCGGGGCUGACACAAGAUGAUCAGGACGAAGACAGAGACCACUAUGACAAAGACGAUGACAUGGACGAUGGCCAUUAUCCGUAG